UCGGACUUUAUUCCGUCCUGGACUGUCGGUGAGGGCUGCAGCCCCACGCACACGCACCUGGACACACGGGACCAGCUUCCACUCACUGUCCUCUCCGUGGAUUAGAGGUCGUGUUGUGUUUUAUUCUGUUUCCACGCGGAAGGAGCAGAAGGGGACACCUGUGCAACUUUGUGGACAAAUAAGUCAAUGUGGAGGAAAACUGAAGCAACCUGUGAGGAGACGGCAAGUGGAUUUUACGGCUCAGGUUCCACGGGAGAGACUUUGUAAUAUAUAUAUAUUUUUUUUUUUUAUUACAUAUACCCUUCGUGGACAGGUUUUACUCUGUUUUUUCUUUGGUUUCGAGCUUCAUGAUGCCAGUUUCUGUGGCGUUCUCGGACCGUCGGACAAAAACGGGGCUGGUCAAAUUGUUACAGGGUCGUUAAAUUUAUUGGAACGUGACCAGAGGAGAUGAACUUUCUCCAAGCUGUGGUGAAUGAUUGACAGUAAAGUCUCACCUUUUUGGAUUUACCAGUUAAACUUUUCUUCUGAUGUUUUAGUUCAGGUUUUAGUUCAGUUGAUUUAUUUUUUUAUUGUAACUAUAUUUUCAGGGGGAGAUCAUGUUUUUUUCCACGUUUUUGAGAUGAACUUGAACCUGCAUUAGAACAAACUCAUAUGUAUGGUUACUUUCACCUGUUCGUCUGAAAUAGUUUUAAGAUCCAUGGUAUCCACGAUGAGGCUGGUGCUCCUGCGACCCCUCAUGCUGCUGCUGGUCUGGGGUCCGGGUCUCUCACUUGGAGCAUCCAAGGAUCUAGUCUGUGAACCCAUCACCGUACCAAUGUGCAGGAGCAUCGGCUACAACCUGACGUACAUGCCCAAUCAGUUUAACCAUGACACCCAGGAGGAGGUGGGGCUGGAGGUGCACCAGUUUUGGCCUCUGGUCCGGAUCCGCUGCUCUCCAGACCUGCUCUUCUUCCUGUGCAGCAUGUACACCCCCAUCUGUCUCCCCGACUACAAGAAGCCCCUGCCGCCCUGUCGCUCGGUUUGCGAACGCGCUAAGCGGGGCUGCUCGCCUCUCAUGAGCCAGUACGGCUUCGAGUGGCCUGAGAGGAUGAGCUGCGAGCAGCUGCCCGAGCUUGGCGAUGAGACCCUGUGCAUGGACCAGAACAGCAGCGAGACCACCACUCUGGCUCCCUCUUUCCCCAAGCCCACCCCCAAAGGACGCACCAGACCCCCCAGCUCCCCUCAGUGUGACAGGGAGUGUCGAUGUCGAGAUCCUUUGGUUGCAAUCAAAAGGGACUCCUACACCCUGUAUGGACGGGUCCAGACCGGACCCCUCCCCAACUGUGCCCAGCCCUGCCACCAGCCCUACUUCUCGGCUGACGAACGCGCCUUCACCAGCUUCUGGAUUGGACUUUGGUCGGUGCUUUGCUUCAUCUCCACGCUGAUGACGGUUGCAACUUUUCUCAUCGAUAUGGAGCGUUUCAAGUACCCGGAGCGGCCCAUCAUCUUCCUGGCCACCUGCUACCUCUUCGUCUCCUUGGGCUACAUCAUCCGGUUGGUGGCGGGUCAUGAACGAGUGGCGUGCGGCACUAGCAGUAGCAUUGGCGGCGACCAGCUCCACAUCCUCUACGACACCACUGGUCCCGCCCUCUGCACCCUGGUCUUCUUGUUGGUGUACUUCUUUGGGAUGGCCAGCUCCAUCUGGUGGGUGGUGCUGUCCUUUACCUGGUUUCUGGCGGCGGGGAUGAAGUGGGGCAGCGAAGCCAUCGCCGGGUACUCCCAGUACUUCCACCUAGCUGCGUGGCUCAUCCCAAGCGUCAAGUCCAUCGUGGUCCUGGCUCUCAGCUCCGUCGACGGUGACCCUGUUGCAGGAAUUUGCUACGUUGGGAACCAGAACCUAGAGAACCUGAGAGGAUUCGUACUCGCGCCUCUUGUUGUUUACCUUUUCACCGGCUCACUUUUCUUACUCGCCGGCUUCAUUUCCCUCUUCCGCAUCAGGAGCAUCAUUAAACAAGGCGGCACCAAGACGGACAAACUGGAGCGGCUCAUGAUCCGGAUCGGCCUCUUCACGGUGCUGUACACGGUCCCUGCUACCAUCGUGGUGGCCUGCCUGGUCUACGAGCAGCACUACCGGCCCGGAUGGGAGAGAGCGCUGGCCUGCUCCUGCCUGUCCGAGCGCCAGCGUCUGGGUCUGGGUCCGGACUACGCCGUCUUCAUGCUCAAGUACUUCAUGUGCUUGGUGGUGGGCAUCACCUCAGGGGUCUGGAUCUGGUCGAGUAAAACCCUGGAUUCCUGGAGGAGGUUUGUGGCUCGCUGCUGCCCCUGCUGGCCACAGAAGACCACCGCUCCACCUUCCAUGUACAGCGAGGCCAGUACUGCUUUAACCGGACAUACGGGAACUGGUCUGGCACCAGGGAUCUACCAUAAAGCUGCUCCGUCUCAUAUAUGAACAGAACGACAGAGCGGACAGUUCAGAGUGUCACGACUGUGCAGGACUUGGAACUAUCGUAUCCAAAUAUCCAGAAUGUGAGAACCAGCUACGACAAAAACCUGAUGAUGGUGAACAUUACAACAUGUGUCCACUUCGGAUUCAGAGUGUAAAAAGGGAAAACUAUGUGAAAAACUGGACGAAAUGAGGGGUAGUUUCACCUUUGUAGCAAAUGAACCUGCCUCUGUUUUGGUUUUUACACAGAAGAAGAACUAAAGUCGACCAAACUUGACUUUUACUUCUUCCUAUCUGAUUCUCCUGAGUACUGACAGAGAAAAACAUAUAUUUAUUUAUGUAUAUACUGUGUACAUUUACUGUAAAAAUGAAAUAAAUGUAGAUGUAUAGUGUGAUGUAUUUAGUUUGUCACUGUUUAAAAGAUAUGUGAUCAGAGCAGAGAGGUGUA